CAUGCCGCCGCCGCCGGGAGCGAGAAUUAUUUUUUUGACAGACGGACGGCAGUCGUCAGCGGUGGUGUACGGUCGGGAUUUCUCUGCCGUCUGACGUUUUUUGAGUACGUUUACGUUUUUUUUCUUUCCGUAUUUUUUCGGUGCUUCUUUAUUGUUUUCGUCGCGUGUGUUGGGGACUCGGUUGGUUCGGUAAACCUUGGUUGUGUGCACGCGCGCGAUCGCUGCUGGGGGGGACGAACUCGGACGCGUCUCGCGGCGGCGAGUGAACGUUGUUCGUUCCUCUUCCGGGGGCCAGGCAGGGAACACGCGACCGGCACAAUGUCGUCGGGCAUUCCCCCGCAACGAAUCCGCCUGAACCUGUCACCGUGUGCCGUGGCCGCUGUUGGCACCGUCGCCGCCGCCGCCAACAACAAACAGUCGCAGCAGCCGAUCCGCGCCGCGCUGCUCCGGCAGACCAGUCCAACGCAGCGCAGCUGCGCCCAGCAAGCGUCGCAGUCGCCGACCAUCGUGUGCUGGCCGCACGACGGUGUGAAACUCAAAAGCAGACAGUCCCCCGAUCAAAGGAUAUCGCCCGAAACCAAGGCACUCUCACCGGGAUCCAAAGAGUGCAAGUCGAAGCCGCUGAGCCUGCUGGGUGGGCUGAUGCGGCGGACAGCCUCUCUCGAUGCCAUCUACCUUUCGGCACAGUGGCCACGGGACCUGCACAGCUACUGUGGUCGCCCCAUGGUGGACAGGGCCACGCAGACGUCGGACGACUGGAAGGAGGUGGACAGGAUCAAGUACGUCCAGAAGAAGACCACCCUUGCCUCGGGAGAUUCCUUAGAAAUGAAGUACAUUCGGCAGAGGCUGCAGAGGACGGCAACCCAGGGUGGCCGUACGUCCCCCCGCUGGAGCCCCGUCCAGGGGGACCACCAGCUUGGAGGUCUGGCCCAGCAGCAGCAGGCCCACCUUGCAUCUCCCUCUACGUCCCCCUUCGCGGCCCCCGGGAACCCCACGGGCCCCAUCUCCAUCCCUGCCCGCUCGGGGCCCGGACGGGGCUCUGCGCUGCCGCGCAUGCGCAGCAGCGUGGAGGGCCUCAACCAGGAGAUUGAACGCCUUGUGCUCAAGGGAAUCUCCGGAGCUGGUACCGAAAACGAGGCUGAACUGGAAAGGGUGAUGGGCCCCACCCCAGAGGGCCACAGGGCUCCGAUUGCGGAGCUUUUUCACUCCACGUGUAGCGUGGACACUCAGACCCCGAGCGGCAGCGAGGGACUUCCAAACAGUGCCUCAUUUCACGGCACCUCAAGGCCCGACAGCCCUGACUGUGAUAAGAGCGGCUCCCCGGAGCCGGACGCGGGCGGCGGCCAGCUGAGCAAGCUGGGCACCAGCCCCCGAAUCAACAAGUUCCUGGCCAGGGAACCCCCCGACGGUUGUGAGAAGGUCAAGAUCAUCGACGAGGGCAGAAAACACACCACAGUGCCAAUGGCGGGGGAUGCGUCGGACAGCAUCUCCAAGCCGAACAGCCAGUUUGUGCUGCGGCCAAGCCAAAGAUCCGCCUUCUGCCCCCUCGUGCGGAACCCCUUCCAAGGGGUCCAGAGGGCACCACCAGGGACCGACCCCUUCCUACUCAACGAGAGGCUUCAGUGAGACCCCCCCCCCCCGGAGCGGCGGACAAGUUUUGCUCCGACGUCGGAUUUCAACAAAGCUCCGGUGCUUUCAUUCACCCGACGCAGGGCCUCGAUUCCGGGGUCGGCAGACAACCAACGGUGGCUGCACGAGUGUUCCGGCUCUGAAGUUCCGACCUCAAGUUUCAAGGUGGACCUCCCAUCUUCAAAUCUUGAUGUCAAAGCUUCCAACAUCACUGUCCGACUUUCGAUCCUUAUGUAGCAGAGCUCUGACCUCGGACACUACGUCACGGAACCCCAACAUGCUGUUCCAACGUGGGAAGGAGCCGGCUGUAACAUGGUGCACUACUCUUUGGUAUCUUUCGUUCCUUUUCUGUUUUUUGUGAAGAACUAAAGAGAGAGAAGUGGUGUUAGUUGAGGGAAAACUGCUUGAAACUGGGGACACAAAAGAUAGUUUUGGAAGACGUCAUGCUCUCGUUUGUCAUUCUUUUACCCGAGGCAUUUCUCAGUGUUGUGUGUCGCCUGUCAUAGUUGGCUUUUUUUUUUUGUGUUGGAAUGUUGGAGGUUUUUUGUUUUUUUUUUCAAUAAGAGGUGCCCAAAUUUUCUUUUGCAAUUUUUGCGAUUUGCACAGGCUGGUUUGUUGAAGCGACGGGGCUCUUGGCAGCUCUCAAAUGGUGAAGUAGAGAGGCCGCGGUCGUUUCCGCUCGGCUUGAAUUACAAGCAUUGUGGGGGCGGGCGACAUGUUUUCGUGUGCGGGCAACGGCCCUUUUCCCGAUUAAUGUCGGAAGGGAAACUCGGCGUGCCACGUGCAAGUCCUGGAACAAGGAUUUUUAAGUUUUAUGUCACGUGUGCCUCACAAGUGCCACGACGUGUCGCCACUCCUACGAACGCGGCUGGAACAGUUAUUUUUGGAGCUCGUGAAAAUGUUGUUUUUCGAUGGGGGAGCCCUCGUUCGUGGAGCAUCUCGAGAAUUUGGGACACCUUUAAUCGCGACGCACCCUAGGCAGCUCUUCCUCUCUCGUAGACCCGACAAGGCGACGUUGAUUCUUCGUCCAGUGCUUGACGGCGAAAGCUAACUUAACCCCUUUCUUGCGACCAAGCAACAGACAAUGGCUCCGCGUACGGCGCGCGACGACCCCGCAUUGUCUUCCCUCGUCUCGACGGGUGACAUGUCGAGUCCCUAUCAACAGCCUCGUUUAAAAAAAAGAAAGCUAUUUUUUUAAAAGAGAGUCGUUCCAUGUACUAAACCUGCCGUUCGAAUGAGACUUGAGUUCCAUCCAGAUGGUCGCCCACUUUGGUAAAUUGUUUUUUUUUUUAGGAGUCUGCAGGGCAUUACAAAAGGAACCAGACUGCGUUUCUUUUUACAUCGUGCCUUUUUUUUCUCCCGCCCUUCGUUUAGCUGGGUGUCCUUCCGUUUCGAAGAUGGCCGUGCAACUCACCCGGCUGAAUCUUCACCGUUUCCCGGGAGCCAGUGCUCUGGGGAGGUGAACUAAGCCUGUCACGAAAGCUAGCGUUUUGGGGAAGUACUUGAACUGGAACAUAGUGUACCAAUCACUAGGUCGUGGUAGGGCGACGCAUGCGUGAACUGUCGUGGAAGCUAGUGUCCUAGGCGGACCUGGGAGUGCUAAGCUGUUGCCAUAGGCUGAUGCAGAACUUUGUAGUGGAAGCUAGUGUUUUUGCGGCGAUGCGAGCGCAGUCUCGAAAGCUGCGCAGACUGACGAGCACACCUGUGCCACUCUUGGAAGAAGUCAGAAUGGAGCCUAGUUCGAGCUCUGUGCCGCCAAGAAACAAGACCAAGUGUGGGCAUCUUGUAAGCAUGUGGAAAGCUGUCGGGAGUGGCCGUGUUGUGGUUUCCUCAUUUUCUUUUUUUGUGACAUCUUUGUACUUGACGUUUCAGCAAAAAACUUCCUUGAUUGGGUGUGUAGAGAUAGCCCAGCUUUUCUCUUAUUCGAUUCCAUCUUAGCUUGCUUGCAAGCAAGUUCUUAUGAGCAGCUUGAUCAGAAUGAAGUUGAUGUCCUCGCUUCUUUUUGAGACUCUUCCAAUUUUCUUACGUCCUCCUCUUUCCAUCUGCUUGCUCAUUUUGUCCCAGUUUUGUUCCUUCUUGGCCAGGUGCUCCGAACCUGCGAGUAGUCUUAACUUUCGGCGAACAGUGUGACGACUGCGAUUACGUAGACCUUAGAAUGUGCAAGUGACGACGAACGCAAUUGCGGGCAUUAAAAGAUAGGCGAAAUGACUUCGCUUUGCUGGGCGGGGGUGAGGGUUGGGUUACGGCUUCCUGUAUUUUUUUUUUAAUCUUGUCUCCCUCUUAGGUGUACAUAAUUCUAUGCUAAUUGUUUUGCCGUGCAUUAGCAUAGUAGCAACGCGAGUGCCCUUCGUAUCGGGCACAAACAGAGCUUUAUUCUGAAUGUUUGUUGAAGAGCAUGCUUUCUAUAUAUAUAUAUUUUUCUUCUCCCCCCUUUUCUUUUUUUAGACUUCAGUCAGAAUGUGUACCGGGUCUUCACACAAUGUCAUACCGUUUCUAGUCUGUGCCUUUUACGUUUUUUUUUUCUUGAUUAUUUUGCGUGGUCGUCAAUGUUACUUGCAAAUCCUGGAUGUCAUCCAGCGACGAGAAUGUUUUGCGGCACUUCUUUUUUUCUGGUUGUUUGUGAGUGAGCGUCUUGUGUUUGUGCGUGCGUGCAUUUGAAAGGGUGCUGUAUUGAGGUGCGUCUCCCACCACCCACCCGCCUUUGACUUUCACAACUGUUGUUUUUUUUACUAUUUCUUAAUAGCCAAAGAAUGUCGCUUUUGUCCUUGCAAAACGAAGCUCUCAUUUAGAGCUAAAAAAAAAAAUGCAGAAGGAUACCAUUUUGUUUGCAGCAAUACUUCCAGAGUUGCAUUUACGACUGCACAAUUUGCUUGUCUGUGUUAAUUUUUCGUCUAAAGAAGACUCGUGUGAUUUAUCAUUUGGUAUUGCAUCUCUCCUUGCCAACAGAAUCGGGCCCUCGGUACCAUUCGCUUGUUUCUGCAGAAAUGCUGAAGCUCAGUUAUUUCGGUUGGCUCGCAUGUUGCGCGGAUUUUUGGCGACAUUCAUAGACGGCCGGGUUGGUGCGUCUCGAAUCUCGUAGCCGUACUGCGUGCAGAAUUCAAGGACCGAGCAUGUUCUUUAGAUGUAGAUCUUGAAUGUGGGCAUUAGCAAAACGACAUUCCACUUUACUGUCCCGUCUUUCUUUUUUUUUUUUUUUACAUUUUCGGAGAAAUUGUAUUCUGUCGGGCGAGCAGCCUUUCGUUCGCUUCUUCGAGGGUCUGUACAUUAUAGUCGUUGGAGGGGGAAAAAAAGAAGUGUGCAUAUACUUGCAAAUGUGUAACACGAUGUGCAUACAUUCUUGUGGGGUUCAGGGGUGGCAAAAACAAAAUAUGUACCUGAAAGAAUAGCAGGAGAUGUCCGGGUCUUCUCCUUUUCUUAUGUAAAUACAAAAUACUGUAUUGCUACUACCUGUGACAUGUACUAUGUUAAUUUCCGAAAGCCUAAAAAAAAAUCUUGUCACUGAAGGUUUUUUUUUUUUUUUUUGUAUUUUUGUUUCCCUGUUUACUUUAUUGCGUUCACCGGUGCUGUUGUGGCGCAACUUGCUUUUGAGAGAGCGCCAUAAAUGUUUUCCUGUGCCCCCCCCCCCCCCCCCCCCCCCCCCUUAUUUUUUGUGCGGUUUGGGAGGGAGUUUAAUGAAAACAGUCAGUUUGUCCUCCCGAAGGCACACUUCACUGCAGCACGGUGAAAGCGUUGCAAUUUGUGCGGCUGGGGACGAAAUCCGGGGGCUUGGGAGGCGUUCCUUACGAGUAAACAAAGUUUUAAAAGCCCCCAGGGACCAACAGAUGCGCUCUAACAAAAGCUGCCGACCAGUGGAGAUGGUUCUUAAAAGUUCCCUUUUGGUUGCCACAUAGUCUGUUUUCCUUUCCGUGACCCUUUGCCAACCUUUCGGAACGCCACUACGGGUGGAAUUCGGAUUCGGAAUGUCUUUGAGCACACCUUUCGAAGCACUCUUUUUUAGUUUUGUUUCCAGUCUUACCCAAACGAGCACGCAUUGAAGGUUACAGGCGUGCGUCAAUGCCACUACUGAACGAGCAUUCAUGCACCGAAUGCAUAUUUCGAAACCACAAACCUGCAUUUGUGACUGGCCCUCGCUGCACUUUUACAUCAAGAGCCUACACAAAAAGUGAUCACGGGUUAUCCAGGGACUCCUAUUCGACUCGAGGACUAGACUGCUUCAAACCGGUCGUCCCGUUUUCUUACGGGUGACAAGAAGUCGGCAGCUCUGUUCUAGGUAUUUGAAAAUUAGUUUGAGGCAGCAGUGGCAUGCCGGUUAUGAUUUGCAAAUACAGUGUAUGACCGAUAAAAAAAAAAGAAAAAGAAUCGAGUAAGUGUUUAUGGUUACGUCGCACAAGGCAAAAAAUGUUUACAAAAACAAACGGUUUCAAGGUUGAAAGUGAAUUGGCAUCUGUUCCUUCAGUCCUGUCCAGUGCUUUUCGAGGCCCAAGCUUGUGCGCGGUCUCCUUGCCUCCGGCACCACUUCGCGAGCAGCACCGACUAUCCGAUCGCAUCCCGUCCCUUUCUCGCAACCUUCUUGCCAAAGCGUCCUGUCCAGAGAUAGAGAGGAGGGGUGGAGCAGAAGCGAAGGACUACUCCCCGUCAACCUCAGUAUUUUCCAAGUACAAACUGGUGCGUAGUAUCUACAUACACUCCAACACUCCUCCUCCCGCCGUUCUUCUUAAAGCACCUCGUAUUUUCACCGAAAGAAGGGUUGCGCGUGUGUCGGCGCCUUGAAUGGCAUAAGGAGGGCAGAACUACGGCGCCCAGAAGGCACCUUCGACAGGUGCGAUCCUAAAAAGUGGUCCUCAGCACCGCUGCCGGGAUGGCGACGUCCAACAGCGUGGCAUGCCGGCUUCUGCGACGUUGUACUUUGCCCCUUUGGGAUUAGUUUCGACGCACCAGCGGGGUUAGGAUGCCAACCGCACCGGCCAAAGAAAUGUUCUGGGCACCGUAAGCAGGACCGAAGAGCUGGCGGUGCACGGUACAAAUUCGUAACUGCAUUCUAGCGGCACGCAUUGUUCCAUGCCCUUUUCCGAAACGGGGUGCGUGGGGGGGGCCUAGCGAAGAUGCAAUAUCUGGCGUGCAAUCUCCCUCUUCAGAGGUCGUUUCGAGCCUACUUGCAAAUUGAAUUUAAGGGGAAAAAAAUAAAACAAAAGUGUGUCCUGCGAUCUAAAGAGAGCUGGGCUCUCGUAAUUUGAAGUGAGAGGGACCGCGUUUUGCGAGGGAGGAACGACGGUAAUCUGGGGCCACAACCCUCCGAAGCGAAAUGCGAGAAUCUGCGAGAGAUCUCUGCCCCGUGACCGCCGCCCUGCCGGUGGGGUCGUCGCGGCCUGUAUUCCUAGUGGCUUUCAAAGUACAGCACGGUGAUGCUGCUCUUCCUGAAAGUGUUGUUUGUCUAAGGAAUGAAGUGAAUAAAGACGAAGUGUAUG